ACUGCUUCUAUUUCUUUCUCUCUUACCUUCUCGAACUUGAACAUGCACACGUGUAUGUAUCUGUGUGCGUGUAUGCGUAAUUGUAAUCCGAUGUACGUAUCAUGUGCGUGCGUGACUCUACGUAUACAUGCAGCUUGUCUGACUGUCGGUCUUGCUUUAAUAGGUGUCUCUCUUAACCCGAUUCGUUCAAUCCCGGCGAAGCUCACGAAGCAAGAGCGAUCCUGUUUAUCAGCUGCCUCUACGUUUUAUCGCAACUACCAUAAAUUCCUGGUAUGAGUGGACAAACAAUUGCUACUGGUAUCACCACCGAUCCUGAUGUUGUUGUUACCAAUUUAACAGCUGUGAAGGAUGAAACUGCAGGAAGGAAAACUGGAACCUUCAAGGUCAAAGCUGGUAUGGCACAAAUGGCUAAAGGAGGAAUCAUUAUGGAUGUUACCAAUGCAGAAGAAGCAUGUAUCGCCGAAGAAGCUGGAGCUUGUGCUGUUAUGGCGCUUGAAAGAGUUCCAGCUGAUAUUCGCCGCCAAGGAGGUGUAGCCAGAAUGACUGAUCCCUUGAAAAUUAAAGAAAUCAUGAAUGCUGUUACAAUACCAGUGAUGGCUAAAGCCCGUAUCGGUCAUUUUGCUGAAGCCCAGAUUUUGGAGGCUUUAGGUGUGGACAUGGUCGAUGAAUCUGAAGUCCUCACAGCUGCUGAUGUUGACAACCAUAUUGACAAACACAAGCUCAAAGUUCCUGUUGUUUGCGGAGCACGUGACCUUGGUGAAGCUUUGCGUCGAAUUUCUGAAGGUGCUGCUAUGAUAAGAACCAAAGGAGAAGCUGGAACAGGUGAUGUCUCUGAAGCUGUAAGACAUGCUCGUACUAUCAAUCGUGAAAUUAGAACUGCUCAAGCUAUGGACUCAACAGAACUUUAUGAAUAUGCUAAAAAGCUACAAGUUCCAAUAGAACUGUUGCGGAGAACUGCUGAAAUGGGUCGACUUCCAGUGGUAAAUUUUGCUGCUGGUGGCAUUGCUACUCCAGCUGAUGUUUCAUUGUUGAUGCAACUUGGAGUUGAUGGUGUGUUUGUUGGCUCUGGUAUCUUUAAAAGUAGUUUACCCGAGAAACGUGCCAGAGCAAUGGCUCAAGCUGUGACCCAUUACAAUGAACCUUCUGUUCUUGCUGAACUGAGUGAGAACUUAGGUGAAGCUAUGUUUGGAAUCCCACAUACUGACCGACCACAAGACAAAAGGCGUGAAGGGCCAAUAGGAGAGGAAGUGAAGAUUUGGAAUGCCACUCUAAGCAAUCAAAGUUCUUCAACCAAAGUAAGCAGCUGAUGACAA